AAUUUAAUUCAGGACACACAAAGAAAGCGGCGUCUCUUGCGUGUUUAUUCGUUACUCAUGGAUUCUGAUAUAUCCAUGUACCGGUAUUUAUAUUUGCUUUAACAAAUUGACCAACAGACUUACACGUUAACAACACAAAUAAUUAGUAUCUUCUGCUUUUAGUCACUUCGUUGAAGAAUCCCAAGACAGAGAGAAACGCCGUCAGUUGGCGUACGUCUACCAAGAAAAAUACUUGGAAUGUGCAUUGUGGCCUCUCUUAUACUUUAGCAAAAAUUGAUGCGAAAGUCACAUUGAUGGUAAAUUCAUUACGUUAAAGUCGAUUUAUUAUCUCUUAAUUUGAAAACCUUGUAAUGCAUUAUCCUUAUUACAUUUAUUAAGGCGGGGCGAACAGAAAGUCAUGCAAAAUUUCAUUCAGGCUAAAACUUCUCUCGUCUAUUGUGGACUACGGAAAUGACUUCUUGCUGUUGCAGUACCAAUUUGACAGAUGGAUCUUUAAAACUGUUUCCGGUAAGUAUUGCCACAAUUCUCCAAAAGCUACUCUUUUCUAUUACUAACACAGUUGUGCAAGAAUUUAUAAUGCAUUUUAAUUCCCAUAAAGGUGCUGUCAACGUUGGCAAAAGAUUUAACCUAAAUCCAGGAAAAUCAUUAGAGCAAAAAUGGUUUAGCUCAUCUUUCUGGAAGAAACAGCAUUUCUUUUUGAUAGACGCUGUUAAACAAUUUGGUUUCCCUAACCUUUUUAUCACUAUAAGUCCUUACGAAUGGACGUUUCCGCAGGUAAUAUUUUUAUGACUGUCCAUGAACUAUUUGCCUUGCUUUUUUAUUUUAGAUGAAAGAAUUACUCAAACGCUUUGCAUUAAAAGCAAGUAGCAACCUUGAUUGUGGUGCUGUCCAUAAUAUGCAUAUCAUGCACAUUCUUGAACAACUAAUACGUGGGUACAACUAGAAAAAAGAAUAACAAUGUCAACACGUAUUUCUACCGUUUUGAAUGUCAAAAAAGAGGGAACGAUCCACUUGCAUCUACUUGUUUGGAUUCAAAACACUAAAGAUUUAGCAUUGGAUCGGAUUAAAUGGACCAUGGAAUCAAAGAAUCCAUCCAUAGGCUACACGUACAAAAGCUGCAAAAGUCAGAUCAACGUGUUUUCCAAUCGCGAGUGUCAAAUUGCAAGAGCCACACUGAUGACAGUGGGGUAAUUCAUUUGGAGCACGACGUUCUUGCUUUUGCAAACAAACUCAGAGCAUAUAUAGAUACCAUUCUAGGAACAUUAAUGUGUCGUAUGGAUGUGCAGGUAAUUAUUAUUCGUAUGUGAAUCACUACCCAAAAACCGUUAUUAAAUAUGUGACAGGCUAUGUUGCCAAAUUUAAAGAUUCCUUUCAAUUAACAGGUAACUACUGAAAUAAUUACAAACACUAAAAUAUUUUUUCUUUCAUCAAACAUACUUACACUUCUUAAUAGGAGAAAAUGCUCGCAACGUUCCCGGUUUUACUUUGGUGUGUCAGUAUCUGAUGCAACUGCAAUUAACGGCGCCUGAGAUGACAGCUCAUUUCGCAAACAUUAAAGUCAGUUUACCCAGUUUAUUUUAUUGUCUAUUGUAAUAUUCAAUGUCUUUGCAACAUUCAAAAUCUUUGCAACUAUGUUUAUUUUAAGGUUGCUUGGACACCUACUAAAACAAAGACGUUUGUUAUACCAAAACCGUUGAAUACCAAUGAAAAUACGGUGAAAGUAUCUCCAAAGGCCGCAAUAUUGCACAGAAAUGUCACUGCAGAACUAUAUUCGCAAUUUUGAUACAGCAAAAAAUGUAAUAUCUCUAUACGCAUUAAUAUCAGUUAUUGCUUUUUUUUGCGAAUUUUUGUAAUACUUCUUUAUUUUUAGCCACCCCCACCAUAUAGGGAUCAAAAACCAAGAUUGGUGGCAACAAUAUACGCCUUAAUAUUUAACCCCGUUUACUUUUGGCAACAUACGUUAAUGUCAAUGCCAUUUCGAAACACGUCAGAAAUUGUGAACCCAGAAUCGGAGGACUUACCCGAAUCAAUUGCAUAUUUUCAUAAUGCCUUGAUAAUCAAUCCGACAUUUUGGAACGAUAAUCAGAAAAUACGCAAUCAUUUGGAUCCAUCUGUUCACAAGCGUUAUUAUAUUGACACGUUUCUAGUGUACCUUAAGUCGCUACGUUUAAAGAUAUUGGCAUACCAAUCUGGAGAAAUAACGCUGAGGAUACCGAAUUUUCUAUAGAAGAUCUAACUGUAGAUCAAAAGAUAGUAUUUUACUAUGUUAAAUCAAUCUUAUUGUCAAUGGAUCGCAGAAAAAAUACAAAUCCACAAGCUAAUUCUGAUAUCGACAAUGUUUCCCUCGACGAACAGUCAAUGGAUUCAAGCUUCAUUGAUGACGACAGCGAUUGUGUUCAAAGUAUUGAUAUUAAUAACUACAAUGAAUCGGAAGAUAGUAUCGUCGAACCAGAUGUUGAUAGCGAAUCUCCUUUAAAUCGCAAAAUUUUACUUUGUGGCAACCCAGGAACAGGAAAAUCGCAUUUGGUAAAAACCAUAAUAGCAUUCGCGAUAGAAAACAAAUAUGACGCUACACCAACGGCACUACUCGCCGAUAGCUACAGACAAUGUUUUUCAACGAUCACUUGCAAAACAAUACAUUCUGCCUUUUUAAUACCAGUUGAAGAUUCACCAUGGGAAAUAAAUUGGCAUAUUAGUUGGUUCCAGCUUAUUGUAGUGGAUGAGAUUGGUCAAGUCAAUUCUCACAUAAUCAAGCAUAUAAUGAAAACCUUUGAUGCACUUCCAUCGAAUCCUAUUAUAAUUUUUCUGGGAGAUGCGCAUCAAAGUUUACCACUAAUUACGGUUCAAGAAAAAACAAACUUUGAUUCAAGCUUUUUCUCAAGUUUGAUGACUCGUUUAUUUAAAAAAAUUGAACUACAUACCUCACAUCGUAGCACAACUUUGUAUAAAGAGUUUCUGGACAAAAUCAGAAGUUUUAAUAUUACAUUUGACGAAAUAAAACGUAUUUUUGAGCAUACAAAAAUACCAAGUACCAACAAAGUCACCGGCGAAAGGAUUUUAGCCAUAAUUACAGAGAAUCCAAAUACCAUAUAUAUAGCAUCUUCCCACAAGACAAAAGAUUUCAUUAACAAAACUGUGAUGAAUUACCUUUUCCGCGACGAAGAACCCGACAUUGAGGCAAGUAUUUCAACCUACAGUAAUUUCACCAUUACUCCAACAACGAAUAUCAACUUUAUAUCCAAAUAAACAUUUACAUUUCUAUUCUGCUUUUCU